GGUAAAUGGUAUGAGCACACCGUCGUGCUUGCGGAUUUCUUAAACAUGAGUCGGGAAAUGCGGAAGUUCACACUGCUUUCGAUCGGUCUCUAGUUAGUUUUAAUUUCUCGCAUUAGUUAGUGCUGGUCUUCGGCUAUGUGAGGAUAAAAGAAGAGACGUCAGUCUGCCUGAACUUAACAGAACUGCUUUGAAAACUUCGAUCUGAGGAUGUUCUUCACUGAUCGAGAGGAUGAUGUGGCUCUGUAUGAGCUGGACAAUGGAAAUGACCCUUUACUUCCCUCACAGUGUAACUUAUAUUUUCCUCGGUUAUGUGACUAUGUCCUGGUGGCUCAAAAAAUGGAGGAUAUGGAGGACCAAAUCUUCAAGAAGCAGGAUGCCUUUAUCUGUGAACUGAAACAGAAGAACAUUAAAGUGACUAAAAUUGAACAUGCUGGAAAGGUGUUCUUCGGUGUCUGUGCACCUGAGGAGAUUUUUGCGAAGUACAAGUACUUGCUAAAGGUGUCUGAUGCCUGUAACUGGAGCGGAGAGCAAAAGUGUGACUUGACUGUCUCAUUCUGCACCAGAAUCCGGAUUGUCCACUUUGUCUUGAACAAUACGAAAGUGGCACUGUAUUACCUGUGGCUGGGCUGGUACACGCGCAUGCUCGUCCCUGCAGCUGUUAUUGGUAUUGUUGUGUUCUUGUAUGGCCUUGCCUUCUUCAAUACAAGUCCGCUCAUUCAUGAAGUCUGUGACUCCAACAUCACCAUGUGUCCAAGAUGUGACCUAAGAUGCAGCGUGUGGAACCUGUCUGACACCUGUACAAAUGCCAAGGUGAGCCAACUAUUUGACAAUGAAGGGACAGUGGCUUUUGCCAUGUUCAUGGCAAUUUGGGCAACCCUGUUCUUGGAGCUGUGGAAGAGACAUCGAGCUCUGCAUGUGUCAAAGUGGAAUGUGUUUGACUGGUGCGAGGAGGAGGAAGAAUUGAUUUUGGAGAUUGUAAAUAACCCUCAGUGUAAGCCAAAAGAGUUCAGACAUUCCUACCUGCGCAGCAUCGUGGUGCUUCUUUUGGUUACAUUAGUGUUGGUGGUGAUCAUAGGUCUGGCCCAUGCUCUGGUCAUCUGCCGUGUUUUAACUGCAAUAUUGUUGUCCCAAAGUGAGUGGGAAUUUUUCCGUGAUCAUGCUACCACAAUAGCCAUGUUAUCUGGAGCAGUGCUGCACUACAUUACUAUUCAGGUUAUGACUCGGGUCAACAAAAUUGUGGCAUUCAAACUGUGUGAGUUUGAAAAGACCCGCUCUUUUGCAGCCACAGAGAAGCGCUUCACAGUGAAGAUGUUCACAUUUCAAUUCUUUACUCUCUUCUCAUCUCUAUUUUAUGUGGCGUUCUUUCUAGGAAGGAUCAAUGGCUAUCCAGGAAACUAUGUUCGAAUUGCAGGAAAAUGGAGACUAGAAGAGUGUCAUCCAAGUGGCUGCCUUACAGACCUCUUCAUCCAGAUGGCUGUUAUUCUGGUGCUCAAACAAACAAUCAACAACAUAUUUGAGUUCACAGUGCCCUGGUUAAAGCUCUGUUUUAGGAGGACGAAAGCCAAGAAGAUGCGCAGAAAGUGUGGUAACUGUUACCGGAAGGCAUGUCGAGAGGAGGAGGGCAACCUGAACCUAUGUGACCUCUGCAAGCUUCGUAGUUGGCUGGACAACUACGACCUGAAUGAUGUUAAUGCUUUCAGCUUGUUUAAUGAGUUUUUGGAAAUGGUUCUUCAGUUCAGUUUCACCACUAUUUUUGUGGCUGCCUUCCCUCUGGCUCCCUUAUUGGCUCUUAUCAAUAACAUAUUUGAGAUCAGACUGGAUGCCAUCAAGAUGGUCAGCCUUGAGCGCCGCCUAGUGCCCAAAAAGACAAAUGACAUCGGUGUGUGGACUAGAAUAUUAGAAGCUGUCGGGGUGAUGGCUGUCAUUGCUAAUGGACUAGUGAUUGGGAUUUCCUCUGACUUCAUUCCCCGUCUGGUGUAUCGUUAUCAUUAUGGACCUUGUGCUACCAGCAAUAGUACAAGCAUGGACUGUAUGACGGGAUACAUCAACAACACUCUGGCAACAGCAUUCAUGUCCAAAGACAAAGUGAGAGAGGACUUCAAGCAUUUGAUAGAGAUUGGAUAUAAUAUUACGCAGUGCAGUUACAAAGACUACCGCAAUGAUGAAGACCAGAGUCUCACCUCUCAGUUUUGGCUCAUUCUGGCACUCCGCUUUGCCUUUGUUAUUCUGUUCGAGCAUGUAGUGGUGAUGUGCAAAUUUAUCGCUGCCUGGUUUAUACCUGACAGUCCCAUCAGAGUGAAGAACGACAGGCUAGACGACAAGCUGAGAAGACUGAAAAAGGAACUUCAGGAAGCAAAUGCAAUCUAUAACAGCAGAUGCACUGAGGUGUGAACGAUGAAGGUUUCAAACCAGAUUCUUUUAUAUCAGAGAUUUGAAAACCUGACUUCCACGUGCACAACAAGACUUUACACACUGAAGAUUUCAGUUUUUGACAGAUCAUUCUCACUUGCAUCCAUACGUGGGAUGUAUCUCUUCACUUCACUACUUUGAGAGCCAUUAUUGGAGCUUUGCUCUCUUUGCAGUUUACAGUUUUCCCUCAAGAUGAGUCAUAUUUGCUCUGCUUCAGAGGGAUGCACCAUACAAUUUUUUGGUUGCAUCAUAAAUUGUUUCUGAGAAAUGAAAGAAAUUUUGCCUGUGAACAUGUAAAAUCAGACAGUUUAUUAGUAUGAAAAAGUCCAACAAGCCUAAAAUUAUCCAUUAAUUUUGUUGGCCAAAAAAAUAUUUUAUGAUGAUUUAUGUUUCCUAGAAGAAUAUUUUAACAGGAUAUAUUUAUGUUUUGGUGUUUACUUUUAAGAAGUAAGAAAUGUGUUAUGCUCUUUACAGUGCUGUCCAUGGCUUUCUAAACAACUGUCGUUCUCAUUAAAUAUAAAUAUAUUUUGAUAUUGUAUUUUUGAUACGGUCCUAUUAAUGUACUCAUUAAUUGUGUUCCAGGAAUGAAGUAAUGGGGUGAAAUAAAUGUUGAAGUUGAAAUAAAACGGUCAACAUUUUUUUCCUCCAUAAAGUGUCAGUAGACAUGCAUGUCUACACUGCUGUGUUGCUUCAGACAAAGAGUGAUUACUUCUAUUGCACAAAGACAUUCCAUUAGUUACUUUUGACCAAUGAGUUUUGU